AUGGCGGAUAUACUAAGCGCUCUCCCAGACGAAGUUGUAUGUCACAUUCUCUCCUUUCUCCAAACCAAAGACGCAGUUGCCACAAGCAUUCUCUCAACGAGGUGGAAGCAUCUCUGGCGUUCUGUUCCCGUUUUGAACUUCACCAACACUGUAUUAACAGACCAAAACGCCAAUUUUCGCGUUACCGAUUUCAUCUACUACGUUUUACUCUCACGAGUUUCCGCACUUCCCAUUAAGGCUUUCAAAAUCUCUCUUAUAUACCAUUAUAAUGAAGAUAACAAUCUUGGCAUUCACAGUUUUUACAAAUGGAUCAACUUUUUGGUAGAACGCGGUGUUGAGAAUCUUGAUCUCUUUCUAAUGCUAAGCUCACCGGGCGUGCCUGAUUUGCCUAAUACCAUUCUUACUUGCAAAACUCUUGUUUCUCUUCAUCUUCUUUUUUUCAGUAUAAACUUUACUUUUCCUUCUGUUGAUCUUCCCUCGCUCAAAACUCUUAACUUACGAUUUAUAUUUUUCCCAAGAAAUGAUGGUUUUAUGAUGUUUCUAGCUGGAUGUCCCAAUCUUGAGGAUUUAUUAGUAUCUUAUUUAUUGGGGUUCAAUUCUGAGGACUCUCUAAACAGUGAACAAUGGAAAAGACUUACCUUAACUAACUUGACCCGAGCAAGUCUUGAUUCGCCGAAUUAUCGCUUUCCAUUGGAACCACUUCAUAAUGUUCAUUCUCUUUCCAUUUCAAUGGCUAAGGUUUGA